ACCUACGUGGGCGGCAUCCUGCUGCUCACCAAGCAGCACUACGAGAUGUGCAACGGCAUGUCCAACCGCUUCUGGGGCUGGGGUCGGGAGGACGACGAGUUCUAUCGACGGAUCAAAGGAGCCGGUCUCCAGGUUCGCCGUCCCUCUGGAAUCACGACUGGAUAUGAGACUUUCCAGCACCUGCACGACCCAGCCUGGCGGAAGAGAGACCAGAAGCGCAUUGCUGCGCAGAAGCAGGAACAGUUUAAGGUGGAUCGUGAGGGAGGUCUGAACAACGUGAGGUACCAAAUCGAGUCACGGACAGCUCUGAGUGUGGCAGGAGCCCCUUGCACCGUUCUUAAUAUCUUGUUGGACUGUGACACAAGUGAGACCCCUUGGUGCACGUUUGGCUGA